CGAUUUGACAUCACUUGCAGUUUGCAAAGUAACUGGACAUAAUCCUAAAGCAUUCAACAUGAUGAAGAGCCUUCUGAUUGCCUGCUUGGCCAUUGCUUUGGCCUCUGCUGCUCCUCAUAGCUCCCAGCUGGAUGGUCGCAUUGUGGGCGGAUUGGAUGCCGUUGAAGGACAAUUCCCCCAUCAGGUGUCGUUGCGUCAGCUUACCUCGCACAUCUGCGGCGGCAGCAUCAUUGCACCCCAGAUCAUUCUUACUGCAGCUCAUUGCGUCACCAGCGAAGCUUCCGACGGCUCACUGAAGGUUACAUCGGCUAAGCAGCUGAGCAUUCGUGCCGGAACCGUGGAUCGCAGCAGCGGCGGCGUUGUCGUUAACGUGGCCAAGGUCAUUGUCCAUGAGAGCUAUGGGAACUUCUUGAACGAUGUCGCACUCCUGGUGCUCGACCAGCCCCUCACCUACUCCGCCGUGAUCAAGGCCAUUCCUCUGGCCAGCGUUGAUACCGCAGUUGGCAGCGAGGUUGUCAUCUCUGGCUGGGGUCGUCUCACCACUGGCGGAGCCUCGCCCCGCCUGCUGCAGUACAACACGCUUAGCUCGCUGUCGAAGAAUCAGUGCAUCAGCUCCACCUUCAUGUUCACCAGUAGUUUGAUCUGUUUGGCCCACACCGCCGGCAAUGGUGCUUGCAACGGCGACUCUGGUGGCCCGGCUAUCCAGAAUGGUCAACUCGUUGGCAUUGCUGGCUUUGUGAUUGGCGGCUGUGGCUCCACAAAUCCCGAUGGCUAUGCCAAGGUCUUCUAUCAUCGCGAUUGGAUUGUCAAGAAUGCCAAUUUGUAAGAUGGCUGCUAUCAACUAUUAAAAUAUCA